AUGCCCUCGCUCGCGGACGAGAUCGCGGACCUGCUCAACCCCGCGCCCCGCGAUGUCGACGGCGACCAGGACGGCGACGGCUACCUCACCGCUGCGGAGCGGCCGUCGCUGCUCACCGACUCUGAGCGGGCCUCGGCGGCGGCGCCUGCCGGCGGGAGGCGGAUGCGCGGUGCCGGCAUCCAGAUGAGCGCGGCGGAGGCGGCGCGGUACGCCGGCCGCAAGGUGAGUCGCGACAAGCUCUUUGGCCGCUCAGCGCUGCGGCGGCCGCGGCAGCAGGCGGCGGCAGAGGAGGAGGGCGGCCCGGAAGACGGAGCCUUUGUGGACGACGGCGAGGAGGACGCCGACGGCGACGAGGAGGGCGACCCUAUGCUGUACGACAUGCGCAGCGACGACGACGACGACGGCGGCGGCGACGAGGAGGAGGACGAGGAGGGCGAGGAGGACGAGGAGGGCGGCAGCGGAGAGGAGGAGAGCGGAGAGGACAGUGGCGGCGAGGAGGAGAGCGGCGAGGAGGGCGGUGAGCUAUCCAGCGGCGAGGAGGGCGCCAGCGACGACGGCGACGGCGCGCGCGGAGACGACGGCAGCGGAGACGGCGGCGGCGACAGCGACGGCGGCGGCGGCGGCGACGGCGACGGCGCGCGGCGGCGGCGGCGGCGGCGAGGGGAGGAGGGCGGCGGCAGUUUGUAUGCAGAGUGGGCUCAGCUGGCGGAGGGGGAGAGCUCGCUGCUGCAGCAGCUGCAGGCCUCGCGGGCCGACGAGGCGGAGGCUGCGGAGCACACCCGCAGGCGACAGACGACCAUCCCGCAGCCGCUGAGUGAUGAGUCGACGCUGCGCGCGCAGCGCGCGCACACCCUGGCCGAGCCGGUCCUGGGGUUGCGAGAGGGCGGCGUUGCGGGGGCGGUGGGCGAAGUGUACGACGAUGCGCCGUUCUACCACUCGCUGCUGCGGUCGCUACUCGAGGAGGGGGGUGCCGCCCUCGCCGCCGCCGCCGCGCCGAAGCUCAAGCGCACCAAGCGCAAGGCGGAGUCGCGCCAGUCCAAGGGGCGACGACUCUCGUAUGAGGUACAGCCGCCGCUGCAAAACUUCAUGUUUCCGGUGGUGCCCGAGCGCCCCGUCAUCCUGGGCGAGCUCUUCUCGUCUGUCUUCGGGAGGCGCCCGCCGUCUGCGCCCGAGGAGGAGGGGGGCGAUUCUGCCGCCCUCGACCCCGGCGCGACGCGGCGACAGGGCGCCAAGCGGCAGCGUGGCGGCGCGGGCGGCACCGCCGCGGACGCCUCCGUCGCGAUUCGCCACGGCGUUGCCGCGGCGGAGGAGGAGUUUGAGGGCGCGAACCUCUUCCUGAGAUGA